AUGGAGACGGAGGAAACAAGAAGAAGAUCAAUAAUCCCAGAUGAAAUCGUGGUGGAGAUGAUCGCGAGACUACCUCUGAGAAGCAUCGCGAGAUUCAAAUCUGUCUGCAAACAGUGGAGAUCACUGAUACAAGAAUCGUCGUAUCUCCGCAGCCGCUUCAUCUCUCUCCACCGCCACUCAUCAUCAUCAUGCUGGUCUCUACUGUUCCCAAUGCAGUAUCGGAGUCCCAUCACCGAAGCUAUAGGCUUCCAUGCAUGCAAGACAUGGGACCUUCCCAAAUCCCUAGCCUCUUAUCUCAUCACGUCAUUUCAACCCUAUCCCAACCCUAUCUUAGACUACUACUACUACGUAGAUUCUUCACAUGGAUUGGUUUGGAUUGAGGUAUUCAUCGGCCUUGACCAAUACAAAUCUUUCGUGGGCAAUCUAUUUACGCAAGAAAGGGUUCACAUCCCUCCGCCUCCCCAUCAUGCUACCUUCCCCACUGGUUUGGUUACACGUCUUGAUGCCAACAACGGUGUCGUUUCAAGCUUCAAAUUGAUUAGGACUUGUUAUGAUGAUCGUAAAGAGAGAACCACACAUGUAUGGAGGAGAGUGUAUGUGUAUUCUUCUGAGACAGGGACAUGGGCUUUCAAGCGGCUUUGGUCUUCUUUCCCUCUCUGGCUCUAUGAUUUUAACAAUUGCUUGAAUCUCAACGGGAUGCUUUAUGCGUGGGAGAAUAGACUGUAUAAUGGUGGUACUGCCCCUGAAGUCCUUGUAUCCCAUGACUUCUAUGCUGAUCAUGAUCAGUGCCGGGUUAUACCUCUCCCUGUCCCGUAUACCAAGCACGGUAGGGGAUGUUUGACUACUUCAUGUGGACAUGUUGUCUACGUUGAGAUAUUAGAUCGAAGAUUGAAGGUUUGGAAGCUGUAUCAUAACUACUCUAAUAAGAGUAGUAAAUUGUGGCAGUUGACAAGGGAGGAGGUCAACAUGCCCUCCUCUCUUGCCUUUGAUGUCGAUUGUUUUCCUUUGGGAGUAAAUCCCUUUGAUGCUGAUUUUGUCUAUCUAUGGAGUAGACAACACCGUUGCGUGGUAUCUGGUAACUUAAGCACACAAGAGUUUACUCUUCAUAAGGAUUCAGAGACUUGGAGUGAUGGUGAAGGUUGUUGGCGCAUUAACACCUCCGUUUCUAGUAGGUAUAUGGAUGAUAGUCGUGAUACUCCUCGGGUUUUUACAUUAUCACAAUUCGUGCUCCCACAAUGGAUGGAUCGGGUGCCUCGUCCCCCAAAUUGA